ACAUGACCAACAAACAUCACAUUAAGCAUUGCAACAAUGGCUACUAACAAGGUUAAGAUAGAAAUUGAGUUGAAAACCUCUUCAGAAAAGCUAUGGAAAAACCUAAAAGAAUUCAUCACACUCUUUCUCAAAGCAAUGUCUGAUGCAAUCGAAACGGUCGAUGUGAUCGAGGGCGAUGGAAGAUUGGUCGGAACAGUCUAUGUGUCUACUUCGAAGCCCACAAAGAUGAUCCCCGUGGGUUCGAUCAACAAGGAGAGGCUUGAAAUUGUGGACAAUGAGAAGAAGAUAUGGGGUUAUAGUAUUCUGGAAGGCGAUAUCUUGGAAUAUUACAAGAAUUUCAAGGCGGUAAUAAAUGUUGGCAGCAACCCAAAAAGUGAUGGUGCUUUGGUUAAAUAUGCAGCCGAGUUUAACAAGGCAAAUGAAAAUGUCGUUGUUGAUCUUGAUGUCUACAAGGCUUUUGUUGUUAAAGUUUACAUGGCUGUUGAUGCUUAUCUUCUAAAGGCCGUCACUCCAUAUAUGUAUUGCUUUACUAAUAAUAAUGAUGAUGAUGAUGAUGAUGAUGAUGAUGAUGAUGAUGAUGAUGAUGGUGAUGGUGAUGGUGAUGGUGAUGGUGAUGGUGAUGGUGAUGGUGAUGAUGGUGAUGGUGGUGGUGAUGAUGAUGAUGAUGAUGAUGAUGAUGAUGAUGAUGAUGAUAUAAUAGUAGUAUGAAAUAACUUUUCAACUCACAUUGAUUUAGUAUAUUAUUCAAAAGUACAAUAGUCGAUCUGAUUUGCUACAAUAGCUCUAUAUACAACUUUGGAUUGAAAAAUUAAUUUCAAGCACCACAACAAGACUUGCAAUAUGAUAUUAUGCACAUACAAAACAAUAAAAAAGGAUUUCAUAUAAAAUUUUGGAGGAUCCUAUAAAACUAAUCCUUCUUAAUCCAAUCACAAAAAGUUAUGUGAAAUUUAAUUCACAAAUAAAGGAAAAGAAAAAAUCUUCAUCUUCUUUAUCUCAUACUUC